AUGAAAAAGAAAAGAGCAAGUUUUGAAGAAAAGUUACCUAUGAUUUUAGAAUAUCUCAACAAUAAACUCCCUGACACUGCUUAUCAAUAUCCUUUGGUAAUUUCUCUGCCCAAGAAGAAUCAAUUAAGAUAUGCUGGAAAUUCCAAUAAAAAUCCUAUGAAGAAAUUAUUGAUUGAAAGCACCCCAAUGAUACCUUUCAUAGAGUCGAUGCCAGAUGACUAUAGUAAUGAAGAUGAUUCAUUAUAUACUGUAUUUAUUUAAAUAAGGAAUUAUUAUAUAAAAAUAGGAUUUAUUAUAGAAAUUAAGAAUACUUUAAAUGCUCCGAUAUGAUUAGCUUUGAUAGAGAAUCUUUCGCGUCAUUAUCAUAUGAAGAACGAUAUCUCCCUGAUAUUCCGAUUAUGAAAUCAACGAAACCAAAAGCUAUUGAAUCAUCUUAUAAGCCUUAUCAAAUAGAGCCAAUUAUUGACUCAAAAAUAAGCAAAAUAAAACCAAAAACAGCGACAAAUUGAUUUUAUCCUUCACCUAGAGAGAUUUCGCCAGCUUCAAAAAAUAGUUUAAAUGAAAAAUCAAAGCCUCCAAUCUCCAAUGACUCAAGCUGCAAGUCAGUGCUUCGCAAGCGAAAAAUGAAAGCUAGACCUUGCUCAGGUCACCCGAUCGCUACAAAAAAUACCCCCUCAAAGCCUGAGCCCUUAUCUAUUGCAAAUGAUAUACAAAUUAAAUCUGGCCCAAUUUUAAAGGACCUUGAAAAAAAUGUGGUCCGCUCACAAAGCCCAAAUAUCCCAGCUAAUCCUCAGCCAGCUAUAAAAAAAAGGUCUUUACCUAGAGAAACUCCAGUUAUUUUUGACCCCAACCAAAAACGACGACCUUUAAUGAGCGGCGCUUUAACAGAUAAAGCUGAUAAGCACAGAGAAAAUAAUCUUGACAUUCUCCUUAUGAACAAAAAUAAUUAUGAUCUCAAAUUAUUUAUGCAGGAAUAUAACAGACGCCAAGGCCUGCCUGAAGGCUCUAAAAUUUUUAUAGUAACAGGACAGUUCGAAUUUAUUAGAAGAGAGCUUAAAGCUAGAGGUUGAAUAGAAAACAAACAAAGCACGUCGCAGGCAUUUCAUUUGAAAUGAAUUUACAGUGACACAGAUAAUGAUUAUAAAGUGCUGAGACCUGGACAAUUAAUUAACCAUUUUAACAACAAUAGAGAACUGACCACAAAAAGUGGGCUAUUAAAGAAUUUGAGGAAUUUUUGUGAAAAUAAUGUAAAUAUUGAUACCUUUUUCCCAAGGUGUUAUGAUCUAGGAGAUAAUGUCCAAAUAAAAGAAUUUAUACAGGAUUAUCAAAAUACGGCGAUAAUAAACAUUGUUAAAAAACAUGCAGAUUUUUUUCAGUCAGACUAUGAUUUGCAGCCUGUUAAUUUGCGGUUGUUAAGCUUGGCUAUUCAGCAUACACAAAUGAUAGUUGGCAAUAUUUUUGAUCAAUGUGAAAAAAUUCAUGAUGUAGUAAAUAAUAACUCCCCUUUGCAGGAAACAAGAUUAUUUGCUCUUUAACGAUAGGGUUAAUUUUUCUUAAAAAAUCUAAAUUAAUAAUUUAGGGUUCAAGCUAAACUUAAUGAAUUUAAUAUUAGAAUCAUUAUCAAAAUAUUUUACAAAAAAUAUUAUCGUUUUAAUUUCCCCAAAAUCGUUGGAUUUUCCCUAGUCUUGCUUUUUAAUAAGGGAGUGAGGAUUUUAACUAUAAUAGCUAUAUCAAGGAUGAGGAUAUGAAAAGCUUAUUGGAGUAUAGUGAUUUCGACUUUCCUAUAAAAAUACAGCCUGAAACAUGGGAUUAUCCUAACAAAGAAUUGGUUCAAACUUGUAUUGAGCUGAAAAACACAAUUUUAAAAAUUUUGCCUCAAGCGGAAAUGGAAGGUGUAAAAAAUAUUUGAAUUAUUAAACCUGGGCAAAAUGCAAGAGGGUCUGGGGUUAGAUGUGUGCAUGGGCUUCAAGAAAUUUUGGAUUGUGGUAAACAAAUGCAGUCACGUAUAGUGCAGAAAUACGUGGAAAAGCCAUUUCUUAUCCCUACAAGCUCAGGGCUAUGCAAAUUUGAUAUAAGGCAGUGAGCACUGGUUACAAGUUUUUCACCUCUUACUAUAUAUUUUUUUAAUUCUUGCUAUUUGAGAUUAUGCCAGCAAGCUUAUAAUUUGGAUACAUUAGACGCAUAUACUCAUUUAGCUAACUAUUCUUUGCAAAAAAAUGUCGCGAAAGCCCAAGAAGACACUGUUUGGAGACUUUCUCAAUUUAUAUAUCUAUUUAUUAUAUUUAAGCUUAUUGCUACUAAUCUAUAUACUCUAUUUUAAUAGAAAAUAUAAAUUCCCCUGCCAGGUUUUAUUUAUUUUAUUUUUCUACCUGUAUAGAAUAUUUGUCAUCUAAAGAUAUUUCUUGAGAUGAAGCAGUCUUACCAAAAAUCCACAGCAUUAUCACAAGAACUCUUCAAGCAGUUUCUGAUAAUAUUGAUACGCGGCCUGAGUGUUUUGAGCUCUACGGGUUUGAUGUCAUGUUAGACGAAAAAUUAACCCCAUGGCUACUAGAAACCAAUUUAAGCCCAGCUUGUGCAGAAAGGACUGAGUGGCUUUCAAAUAUGCUUAACGCAAUGGGGAAAGGACUAUUUGAUAUUGUCAUAGAUGGAGCUGGAAAUGAUGACCCUUUAUAUUCACAGGAUUUGAAGCAGCAGAAAAAAAUAUAUGGAAAUUCUCUUGAAUGGGUUUUGAUAUAUAAAGGACUAGAAAUUCCAUCUGAUAUUGACCCGCUGAAUUGCAAUUUAGAAGUAUGUGGGACAAAAUUCAAUGUUAAAAGGGAAAGAAAAAUUGAAAGAAGAAUUCAGGUAGAAAAGGCAGCGCUGGUUAUACAGAGAGAGACAAGGAAAUUUUUAAUUAAGGUAAGGGCUGAAAGGGCAAUGGAGCUAAAAAACUCUUUAAUUGUUCAGCAUUUUCUUAUCCGUUAUAAAGGUAAUUUUAAUAAAAAAAUUUUAAUCUUAUAAAAAUAAUACAAAAAUUAAUUUUAUAUAGAGGAAGUUAGAAGGAAGUUUGCUUAUAUGAGCUUGGCGAAACAAAUUUUAAUAGUUUCUGCUAUUAAAAUACAAUGCAUUUAUAGAGGAUAUAAAGCAAAAAAAAUUGCAAAAGAAUUAAGAAAAAUAAGAGCUAUAAGGCAUAUUCAAGCCAUGAUGAGAGGUUGGAAGUCAAGAGAAAAUUUUAAAGAAAGAAAAACAGCCAAAGCAAUUCUUCGGCUACAAAGAGGAUUGAGGAGAAAAUUUGCCUCUCUAGAAAUAAAUCGAGCUAAAUACUAUCUUCAACAGAUAUCAUUUAUACAGCGUAUGUGGAAGCGAAGAUUUCGCUUACUCCUCCGUGAGCAACAAAACCAUUGGAAAAAUCCAUAUUUUACGAGUAAAAACCCACCCUCUGUAGGCAAAAAUUUUUUUAUAAAAAAUAUUUUGAGAUCAGUGAUAAUCAUUAUAAAAUCUCGAGCUAUUUUCGUUGAAAUUUAAAUAAUUUUCAUUUUAAAACAUAAACUAAUAUCAUUUUUAGUCUUUAAUGCUUGCAACAGUUUUUUUUUUAAUUUAGAAAAAAUUUAUAUAUAAAUUUAAAAAAAAAUACCCUCUCUAUGAGUGAACAAAAUUAUUUUGGUCGAUAGGAGGACGAAAGUUAUUAAACAAAAAAGCAAUUAUGAUACAAAAAUUAUACAGAGGAUAUUUAGGGAGAAAAAUUUAUUUUCGAGAAAAACAUUUCCAGUCUAUAAUUAUUACUAUCCAAAUUUCUAUAAGAACUUUAUUAGCCAAACAUCAUUUGAAACACAUAAAAGUCGCUAGAGCAUCCUCAAUUAUUUCUAAAUUUGAAUUUCAACGAAAAAACCUAUCAUGCAUGGUAUAUUACAAAACCAAUUCAGCUGCCCUAACAAUCCAAAAACACAUCAGGCGCUUUUUUGCACAAAAACUACUUGCUAAUCUUAAAAACGAAAAAAAGAUGCUUGUAAAUGCUAUCAUGCUCAUCCAAAAACAUCUUCGAGGCAAAAAAUCCCGCUUACAAUAUGAGAAAAUCAUAAGAAAUAGAGCAGCCACAACAAUUCAAAAAUACAUAAGAGGCCUCCAAGCAAGAGACUACUACAAAAUCCUAAAACUUGUCAACAAAUCGGCAAUUAUUAUCCAAAAAUAUUACAGAGCUUAUAGGGCACGACGAAAAUUCCAAAUGAUGAAAAGAAUCCAAAAGCAAGAGCAUGAAAGAAGAAAAAGACUAGCAAAAAUAAAAAAAGAACAAGAAGUAAGAGCAAUAAAAGCAUCAGAGAGGCUUUAUAGUGGUAAGCAUGGGCCUGAAAUUCAGCAGAAAAUUAAAUCAAAAACGACAGAAAAUUUUUUUGAUGAAAAAUUAAGUUUGAAAAAAGAAGAAACAAAAGUCAGCAAAGUCAGGGAUUCAGUGGAUGGAGAAGUAAUUAAUGCAAAACCUUUAAAAGGCCAAUGGGCUAGCACCAAAACUGUGGCAAGUUUUGUUAAAGAAGAGCAGCUGUAUUAUAGGUCUGACUAUAUCGAGAAAAAACCUGAAAAACAAAAACUAAGCAAAAGGUUUAAAAAAUUUUCUCCUUAUGAGCAAGAACUCCUUCGACAGUAA